AGUGAUAGUGAAAAUUUAAUGAGCAUCUGAAGAUCAGAAUCAUGGGUACAGCAAGUCAUGCCAUGGCAACAGCCGUUCAGAAGGUACAGCGCCAUGCCACUGUAGCAGCCCCCCCCGGCCGCACUCGAUGCUCAGGUGUCGGAGCCGAAGAAAAGGCUGUACAAGCGCUGCUGGGCGGACUCCAAUCAAAACUGUGAACUCAUCGUUUCCAGCAGAUACUUCAGGCAGAGGGAUCAUGAUUGCCAUCCUCAUUAACACACUGUCGAUGGGCAUAGAGUACCACGACAGCCGAAGGAGCUGACAGAUAUUUUGGAGAUCAGUAACAUGGUGUUCACCAGUCUGUUCAGUCUUGAAAUGCUACUGAAGCUGGCAGCUCUCGGGCUCUUUGGCUACAUCAAGAACCCCUACAACGGCUUCGACAGCGUCAUUGUCAUCAUCAGUGUGUGGGAGAUUAUGGGUGAGGCAGAGGGAGGCUUGUCGGUGCUUCGUACCUUCAGACUGCUGAGGGUUUUGAAGCUGGUCCGCUUCCUUCCUGCUCUGAGGAGGCAGCUGGUGGUGCUGGUGAAGACCAUGGACAAUGUGGCCACAUUCUGCAUGUUGCUGAUGCUCUUUAUAUUCAUAUUCAGUAUCUUGGGAAUGCAUUUGUUCGGCUGCAAAUUCGGUUUGCAACAAGACACUGGAGACACCUUACCUGACAGAAAAAACUUUGACUCUCUGCUCUGGGCGACUGUCACUGUGUUUCAGAUCCUCACUCAGGAGGACUGGAACGCGGUGCUCUAUAAUGGGAUGGCCUCAACCACGCCGUUGGCCGCCCUCUACUUUGUAGCCCUCAUGACCUUCGGCAACUAUGUCCUCUUCAACUUGCUUGUAGCCAUUUUGGUGGAGGGCUUUCAGGCUGAGGGUGAUGCCAACAGAUCCGAGGCAGAUGACGAGAGGCAGUCGCUCUGUUACGAGGAUGAGGAGAAGUUGAGAGAGAUGUACGCUGCAGAGCUCAAGAUCCAGGCCAUGAUGUUGAGUCCCAAUGGUCUCCUGAACCCAAAGGCCUCCAUGCCCCAGCUCCACCCCCCCCCUCCUCCUCUGCCCGUCAUCACACACACGGCAGCCACGCCCACCAUCAACUACAGCCUGUCGCGGAGGGCGAGUGGCGUCUCCAUGGACGUCCACAGCCUGGAGCUGAGGUCUCCG